CCCGAAUCAAGUGUCCACAAUAACCCGAACACUAAAACCGCUUGCUCUCUUCUUUUCUUCUCCACUAUAUAAACUUAUUUCCCGGCCACUUUUCCAAACCACCAGCAACACAUCACAUUUCACUUUCACAUCACCGCUCUCACUCUCGACAACGCCGCCGUUACCCUAUUCUUUCUCUCAUUCUGUUCACUCUUCUUCUCAAAAUGGUUUUUGGAGGUUUAGAAGAAGAAGACGAUGAAGGAACCGAACCUAUGUCUACGAGUCCCAAAAGACCCAAACCCCUUCACAAUUUCAACCUACCGUUCUUGAAGUGGGGGUCCCAACGCCACCUGAGAUGCUCAUACGGAGCCAUCAAAGACGGCGCCGGGCCUUCAACCAGCGCCGAUCGCCGUUCUUCGAGGCCUAACUCAAACGAAUCAACGGCAACACCUAAUCAAUCGAGUGGUUCAGAAAAACGAGUCGUCAUCGGCAAUGAUGAAGAGGAAGGGAUCGCCGCUGUGAGAGAGAAGCUUACGCAUGAUCUAAAAAACGACGCUGAUCGAAUCAAAGAUACGAUUUUGAGAGAAGAACAAGAAGAAACAGAGACUCUUAAGUCAUGGAAACACAGAACCAGACAGAUACAGUCUAAACCUCCGGUAAACUCCGAUCAUGCAAAACGUGAUUUCCCUUCCCCGGCGAAAAUUGACGGCGGCGUUAAUGUCGCUUCGAGAUUGAGAAGAAAUAUCAACACUAAUAAAACGGAAAGACCAAAAUUUUCCGUUCAGCUUUCGAGAAAGGAAAUCGAUGAAGAUUUCAUGGCAAUGGUGGGCCGCCAGCCCAGACAACGGCCCACUAAGAGGUCCAAAGUUGUUCAAAAACAGUUAAACAGUGUUUUUCCUGGAUUGUGGUUAAGGGAGGUUACACCUGAUAUGUACGAGGUUCUUGAUACAAAGGAGAAUGGAAAAUCUGUGAAGAAGAAAGGGAAAGGGAAGUGCUUUGAUGAUGAUGAUGAAUCCUCAGCUUGAGUUUUUCUUUUGCUGUGAUAUAUGGUUUUUUUGAGAGGGUGCUAAUGUUAGUUUAGAUAGAUAUAUUGUAGUUCUUUUUUGUUUAUAAGAAUAACACUUAACUGAAAAGUUGGUGAUAGAUGAUAUAGGCAUAGCCCUAGUUAAGCUGACUUUUUUAGUUUUCAAUGACAAUGAUGCCGUUCAAAUGUCACAAUUUUGAAACUUGUUAUAUCAGUUAGUAGAUGAUGAUGGUGUAUGGUUGCAAUUCAAAUUAUGUUAAGUUCUGUGGCCUUACAAUUUUUCUCAAGUAUUGUUAAGUUUGGUGUAAAUUUAA